UCUAAUGCUCUUUGUUACAUUUCAUUUUCAUGACAUUUGUCUAGUCUCUAUAGUUAACAUGGCGGGUGAUGAAAGUGACAGUGAUCUCAAACCAUCACAAGUAGUAAUAGUUAGAGAAGUUUACGACAGUGAAAAUGCUCACAUUAAAUUUGAAAUGGAAUUGGAAAGAGCACUGGAGGCUGGUGUGAGCGUUAUAGUAAUAGAACCCGAACCUCUAGGAGAAGAAACAGCUAGAUGGAUAUAUGUAGGAAAUUUGUUACAUAAAGUUUCUGUUUAUAGUGGUUUGUGUAGCAUUGCAUCAGGCUUGACAUGGAGUUCAUUGGCUUGCACACCUUUUGGCAUAGUCUCGGUCCUUUGUGCUGGUUGCUACACCCUAUCCUGGCAAUGGGAUCCCUGUUGCAAAUAUCAGGAAGAAAAAAAUCUACAUCGCCUAUCUAAACUACCUAUUUUAAGUGAUCUAACAUCUGCAUCGCCAGUUGUACUUGUGCACACAGAUAAUAGAAGAAAAAUAAUUUUACAUAGUACAGUGUCUUUAGCUGCAGCAGCUAUUUGUGUAUGGAGAAUUUAUAACACUUUCAAAUGAGAUAGGUAUAAAAUAUGUAUUCAUAUUAAUAUAGAUAUUUUUGUGAUUAAAUAAUUUGAAAGAAUAGGGAAUGCCUGUAUUGCUUCUUUCUAUGCUGUCUCUACCUUCUGUAUAAAAUAAUUUGUUGUUAGAUUAAAGUGUAAAAUUUGUUACAAUUAUUUAAAAAUAUUACUGAUUAGAAUAGUUGAAUUCUGUACAAAAAAAUGAUUAUAAGAAUGCUUUUUUAGAAAUGAUAGCUGGUUGUUAAAUGAUUUUGUUAUAUUAUGACCAUGAUAAAA